CCGGCAGGGGGCGCUGCAGGGCGCUACCAUGCUAGAGGAAAACGCUCCGAGCUUGUUCGGUCUCCGGAAGGAGUAUACUGGUAGCAUUAGGCUUGUUUUACAACAUUUUUCCCCCAGUUUCUCUGCCUCCCGCCUCCUCUUAUCGGCCUAACAUCGCAGCAUCAGAGUCGUGCGAUUAAAACCUGCAGCGCAGCUUCGAGCUGGGAGCUGUAGCUGCAGCCGCCUGCAGCCCAAGCGCUCCAUGUGUGCCUGUCUGAACACGUCGUGAGUUGUGCGACCCUCCUCACAUUCUUUGCUUUUGUACAGAAGAUUGUCGUGAGACCUGUGAAAUAUCAGACAUUUGAAGACAGACUAAGAAAGGUGACGUCUAUAUUGAUCAAAUCCGACGCAGUUAAGAGAAGAGCUUUGUUGAGCUCCUGUGAGCCAAACCUAUAAAAGAACAAUGUGUGAUGUCACUGCAGAGUUAGCCGUGGAGGACAUGGAGGAACUCUCUUCAGAGCAGCGCCCAGAACCCCUGUUCCUAAUCCUGCCCCCACCGCCGCCUUUCUCUCUGGCCUCAGGUGAGCUCACCAUGCCCUGGCCAAAAUGGCUGAAAGCUUUUGAACACUACGCUCAGGCAUUCGGUGAAAAAGCGAUGCUGGACUCCAGUAAGCUGCUGCUCUUACAGAGCUUCCUGGGCCCAGCGGGACAGCUCGCCUUCACAACUCUGAUCAGGCAUCCAACUACGUACGCAGACGCCGUUUCAGAGCUCACCAGACAUUUUAGCUCCGAUCAUGCCACUCAGGCACACCGCCUUAAGUUCCACCAAAGGGCUCAGAUGCCUGGAGAGUCCAUAGAGGAGUUUGUCACAGCGCUCCAAAAUCUGCUGGGGCAUUGUCAAUAUGGAAAGGUCAAGACCAAACUUCUAGUAGAUCAGCUGAUUGAGAAGACAAACAAUCCGCAGCUCAGAGAGAGGCUGCUGAGUAGGAAGGACCGACUGACCUUGGCCAAGGCCCUGACUAUUGCUAAAGAGGUGGAGUCUCAUUCGAGUGAAUCGCAGCAGUUUGAGUUUCAUGAGGUGAGUGUGGAUAUCGGAGAGGAGUGGGAGCCUCCUGUACAAAAUAAGCGAAAAAGAGGAAGACCUCGGCUCGUUAUUCAACUAAAGGCACCUGUGUCUGAACCCCAACAAAAGAAGAAAAGAGGAAGGCCCCGGCUUGGAGAGAAGAUUAAACCAGAGCUACUUGUGUCUGAACCGCAACAAAAGAGGAAAAGAGGUAGACCUCGGCUUGGGGAGAAAAUUAAACCGGUACCGCUUGUGGCUGAACCCCAACAAAAGCGCAAAAGAGGUAGACCUCGGCUCGGGGAGGAAAGGGCACCAAAACCGUCUGUGACUGAAGCCCAAAGAAGCCCAGCUGCAGUCCAAAAUCAGACCUCUGACAGCAACGAUACAAGUGAGCCUCGGGUCGCAGCGGAGAAUAAUGUGACGCGUGAUGAACCGGAUGAUAACGGCGACGCAUCAACUCAGAUGGUGGAAGACGAAAAAAGCCUUCAAUCAAGCGAAACGGGCGAAGACAAUGACGACGGUAAAGCCGGAGACUUCUUCCCACCUUCAACCAAGAUGAAGGGGCUUUGCUGUCCCAUCUGCACCGAGAGAUUCUUCAAAAACGCAGACAAGUUCAACAGACACAUGAGGUCGCACACGGGGGAGAAACCGUUCAAAUGUCCGCACUGCAAUCUCACGUUCAGCCAGUCGUACCACAUGACCCGGCACAUGAGGAACCAGCAUGCCGCAGGCCCGUAUGUGUGCCCAGCCUGCGGGCUGAGCAUGGAAAGCCCCGAAGAGCUAUUUAAACACAAGAAAACGCACAAGGAGCAGAUCCUUAACUGCACCGAUUGCAAUGAGGUCUUCCUGAACGACGAGGAGCUUCGUAGUCACGUCAAGUCGCACAACAAAGACCCGUCGUUCCCAAAGGAGGGUCAGAGCGAUCAGCCAACUCGCUGCGUUGAAGUGAAGACUGAAGACUUAUCGGAGCUUUCUGCGGACGCCUGCGAAGCCGUCGACGCCGAGCAAGGCAGAGCAAAACCGACUAAAGACAAUUCCUGUCCCAUCUGCAUCGGGAGGCUCUUCAAAGGUCCAAACAAGCUUGCGCGACACAUGAGGACGCACACCAAGGAAAAACCCUUCAGCUGCCCCAUCUGCAGCAAGAAGUUCAGCCAGUCCUAUCACAUGACGCGUCACGUGAGAAUUCAGCACGGCCUCGGCCAGUACAUCUGCCCCCAAUGUGGGAAGAGUUUCACCACCUGGCUGGACCUAAAAGUACACAAAAGGUCCCACGCUCACGUCGGUCUCACGUGUCUGGCGUGUAAUAAGCAGUUCAGAGAGAAGGCCACGCUGGAAAAGCACCUUAAACUUCACAAGGCGGUUGCGCCGGGUCCCCGAAGCCUCACCUGUGGCGAGUGCGGCAAAGAGUUCGGCCGGCAGUAUCAUUUGAAGAGGCACAUCAUGUCCCAUCGCAAGGCGUCCAACUCUGGGUUUUACUCGUGCCCCGACUGCAAGAAAAUCUUCUACUUCCCGGAGGACCUCAACAAACACCUGGAGGAUCACGCGAAGGAGAACAACGGGACGUGCCCCAAAUGCAACGAGCGGUUCGACAGCGCGGAAGAACUGGAGACUCACAUGCAGGUUCACCAGAGGUCUUUCCCCUGCAGCACCUGUGGCAAGAAGUUCAAAGUGGAGUACGCGCUGAAGAAACACGAGGAGGGCCACCAGCAUGACCAGUACUACUGUUCGUUGUGUCAGAAGCACUUUAUGAAGUUGUCUCAUUAUAAGAGACACGUGCUGGUCCACGACAGGCGAGAGUCCAAGUGUCCACACUGCGACGGCGUCUUCCUGAAGCUGACGGCUUACAAGUACCACCUGCGGACUCACACCCUGGAGAGGCCAUACCAGUGCAGCUGCUGCAUCGAAACCUUCGAGCAGGAGGAGGAGCUGGAGCAGCACUGCCUCAAGCACAGGAAGUUCAAGAAGGAGCGGCCUUACUCGUGCACACGCUGCGACCUGGCCUACUCGACCCUGGUGGAGCUGACCGAGCACAUGAUCUCUCACGAGGGAGAACAGCCGCAGACCUGCCCCUUCUGUGGCAAAACCUUCCUGAACAAGAACAAGCUGGAGCGCCACAUCAGCAUCCACACCGGCGAGAGGCCCCACCUGUGCUCGAUGUGCGGCAACGGCUUCCCCUCCGCCGCCAGCCUCAAGCUGCACGUCCUCAUCCACACCGGGGAGAAGCCCUUCAAGUGCCUGCAGUGCAGCAAGAGCUUCAGCUCCGCCAGCGGCCUGCGCCUGCACAGCAGGCAGCACAUGGACGAGCGGCCCAGCUACGAGUGCCCCGAGUGCGGCCGGACGUACGGCCGGCUGACGGAGCUGAAGAUGCACCAGCGCUACCACACGGGGGACAAACCGUACGCGUGCACCUGCUGCAACAAACGCUUCAUCAGCAAAGACAAGCUGAACGUUCACAUGAGGACGCACACGGGAGAGAGACCCUUCUCUUGCCCUCACUGUGGGCAAACCUUUACCCAGACGGGGGACAGAAACAGACACGUCAGUAAAUACCACCCAGUGGUCUGAACUAACGCCGCAGGACAUUUCCUGUGGAGAAACCACGUUUCUGCAUGCUUGUAGGUAUACCAGUAGGGAAGUAGUUAGAGUCACCGUCAUCUUAUCUGAGAGCGCGAGAAUCCAAACUGUAUUGGAAGCAUGUCUUUAAAAGCAGUAUGUCUGCACAGGUAAUGUUAAACCCAAGGACUGAUGGACGUAGAUCUGGAUAACCCAAAGUUGCUCUGCUCUGUCUAACACCGCAACUUACUUUAAAGCAUCUCAUAUUUUAGUAGUUGUUCAGAAAACGUGUUCUUUCUUUACAUUUACGAUGCAAAAUCAUUUGAUUAUGCUUUGAUUAUUUCUUCCUAUAGAUUAUGCAUAG